AUGGAAUCCCAGGUCGCCGUCGUGACGGUGCCGUUCCCGGCGCAGGGCCACCUGAACCAGCUCCUGCACCUGUCGCUGCUGCUCGCGGGCCGGGGCAUCCCCGUGCACUUCGCCGCGCCGGAGCCGCACCUCCGGGAGGCCCGCGCGCGCGUGCACGGCUGGGACGCGGCGGCGCUCCUCGCCAUCCGCUUCCGCGCGCUCGACGUCCCGGCGCACGCGUCCCCGGACCCCGACCCCUCCUCGCCGUUCCCGACCCACAUGCAGCCCCUCUUCGAGGCCUUCUGCGACGGCGGCGGCGCGCGCGCCUCGCUCGCGGCGCUCCUAGAGGAGCUCUCGGCGUCCCACCGCCGCGUCGUGGUCCUGCACGACCGCAUGGCGGCGUUCGCGGCCGGGGAGGCCGCGCGGCUGCCCAACGGGGAGGCGCUCGGGGUGCACUGCCUCGCCGCGUCCUACAACGUCGGGUGGAUGGACCCCGGCCACCGCCUCCUGCGGGAGCACGGGAUGGUGUUCCACCCGGCCGACGCCUGCGCGACCAGGGAGUUCGUGGCGCUCGCCAAGCGGAUGGGCCAGGAGCGCCGCCGCGCGCCGGGAGCCGGCAUGGUGGUGAACACCUGCCGCGCGCUCGAGGGCGAGUUCCUCGACGUGCUCGCCGCCCAGAGCGCCUCCUCCUCCGACGGCCACAAGCUGUUCGCCGUCGGGCCUCUGAACCCGCUGCUAAACCCCGUCCCCGACACUCCCGCGGAGCGGCACCCGUGCCUGGAGUGGCUCGACGGGCAGCCGCCGUCGUCGGUGCUGUACAUUUCGUUCGGCACGACGUCGUCUCUCCGGGCAGAGCAGGUCAGGGAGCUGGCCGCCGCGCUGCGGGACACCAAGCAGCGGUUCGUCCGGGCGCUGCGCGACGCCGACCGCGCCGACAUGCGCGAGCCCGGCGGCGAGCGCCGGCUCGCGGAAUCGGCGGCGUCCCUGCUCGGCGACGCGGCGGCGCAAGGGACGGGUGUCGUGGUGACCGGGUGGGCGCCGCAGCUGGAGAUCCUGGCGCACGGUGCGACGGCGGCGUUCAUGAGCCACUGCGGGUGGAACUCGACGGUGGAGGGGCUGAGCCACGGGAAGGCCAUCCUGGCGUGGCCGAUGCACAGCGACCUCCAAGAUCAAUUCCAACACGACCAGCCGUGGGACGCGGAGCUCGUGUGCAAGUACCUCCGGGCGGGGAUGCUCGUGCGGCCGUGGGAGGAGCGAGGGGACGUCACGCCGGCGGCCGCCAUCGGCGUGGCUAUCGAGAGGGCGAUGCGAUCGGACGAAGGGGCGGCGGUCCGGGAGAGGGCAAGGGCGCUUGGGGACGCUGUGUGCGCCGCCCGUGGCAAUGGCGGAUCGUCGAGCCGGGACAUGGACGACCUUGUCGCCUACGUGACGAGGUGACCGAUAGAUAGGCGAUGCAUCACUGAGCUGGAGUUAAACAUUCUUGGCCGCUCUUGAAGCUUUUGAUUCAAAUUGGUACUCACUGAAACUGCUGCUGCGUGGCAACUGACUAAUGCUGGACUGCUGUUGACUCGAACUAAGCAAUGUCGGCACAUAUUGUGACUGAUCCUCUUCUUGUUCAUGCUAGGGAUUGGUAGUGCUUCCUCCAUGUUGCCCACAGAUAGACCAC